AUGGCAACUUCUUCCUCAGAUCCAAAUAUUCAAUUUUAUCAAAGUAAAAUCGAAAAAGCAAUCCAGACAACAAAUGAAGAACUUGACAAAUGGAAAAAAUUCGAAACGGAUCAUUUGCAAUUGAAAAACACGCUGGUUGGGUUAGCAGAGAAACGGGAGUACAGUAUUAUGGUAAUGGCGUUACUUGGUGAUAACUGGUUCACCGAAUGUUCUACCAAACAUGCAGUUGAAAUUGUGGAUAGGAGGUGUGAAUAUGUGAAUCAAAAUAUUCAAAAUCUCGAGACACAAUUGAACGAUCUUAUUAAUCGACUAAAUAUGGCGAGUAGUGUCUUGGAAACUAAGACUAAUGUUGUGAGUAGUAAUACUGACACUUUUCAAUUAUUGAUAAGACAAACGCCUGUAAAGAAAUCGAUUGAUGUGAGUCGAUAUGAAAAUGAGAUAGUAGAACAAGAGUCAGCAAAGCAACAAGCGCAAGAAACAAAAAAAGUUCGAUUUGCAGAUCAGACAACUUUAUCUAAUGUAGCUCCUAUAUCUAGCGGUAUUAAAGAGUCAUCAACAAACCCAACACAACCACCACAAAUUCAUCCUGUGCGUUCCACAUUUUUAUCAGAUAAUCAAACACCUCAACAACAAUCAGUCUUUAGAGAAUCAUUAUCACAGAAAAAAAAGCAAAUUCCGCCAUCAGCAACAACACCAACGAAAACUCCUUUUCCCGGCGUUCGCGCUCGCGAUGUAAUUGAUAACAGAAGAUCUCGAGUCAGAGAAAAUAAUAACAAUCCAGUAAGGAGUGUUGUUGUUGAAAAAGAACCGACUCAAGAGGAAAUAAAUGAUUCAUUGGAGUAUGCCGAAGAUGAAUUGUUAAUAAAAGAGGUUGCCAUAAAUUAUUACGAUAGCAAAAGAAAGUUUCAUAAUUCAUUAACAACUGAAGAUCAAUCUAAUUUACCAAGUGAUUCAUUAUUGUCGUCAUCGUCAUUACGUCCAGAAGUAACACCGGCUUCUCCCCAAAAGUCGGCACUUUCUGAGACGAAUCUGCAGCAACCACUACCACGAAAAAUAUCGAGAUUUAAGGCCGCGCUUUUACAAGGGAAAUUAGCAGAUCAAUAA